GGUGCGCGCGCUGACCCUCGGCCGCGAACAGCGGGUCUGGUGCGUCCAGAGGAUCAUUGACGGCGUAGUGUCAUCGAAGACAGCAGCAGGCGGAGGCAGGUGACGAUGGCGGCGGGACGAACAAGGGCACGACCCAAUUUGGAAGUGAUCGAGCGCGCGCGUCCUGCUCCUGCCCACCACAGACGCGUCCACGCGCGACCCAAUCCGCGUCCAUCCUCAACCGCUCGCAUUCUCCCCACCCCAUCUCCUCCCUGCCUGCCAUGGGCGACCGCGUGCGCAUCUACAGCGCGCUCAACGUGCCCACCGUCACCGCCCACCCGUCCCCCAAGACUCUCCAGUGGACGUCCGACGGCCAGCUCUGCUUCCUCACCCGCGGCGCGGUCUAUAUCAUGACCCCCGAACACGCCAUCUCCUUCGACACCGGCGCCCUCCUCCGCCCCGCCCCCGACCCACACCGCCACGCGCCCGAUCCCCACCGCCCGUCCGCCACCGCCAACAACCUCCGCUCCGCCGCCGCGUCGAGUGCGUCCGCUGGCGCCGGCCCCUCAACCACAACCACCGCACCCACCUCAACCUCCAACAUCCCCUCGCCGCCCUCCCCCGCCCCCACCAUCGGCUGGUUCCGCACCGUCAUCCCCAUCGACAAGACGAUCGCCUACCAGUGGCCGGAGCACUCGCAAGCCUACCCCCUCCUCACCCUCGGCGCCAUCGACGUCUCCCUCUGGUCCCUCGCCACCUCCCCGCCCGGCCUGGCGCCCGAGAAUGGCCCCCUCCUCGCGACCCUCACCUCCAACUGCGACCUCACGCUCUGGGCGGGCGGGAAGAACGCCGUGCGGGGCGAGUGGGUGAAGCUCGCCCCCCUCACGCCCUUCCUCCUCACGCUCUGGCCGGCGCUGCCCGUCGUCGCGCGCGCGCUGCGCGCGCAGGUUGGCGCCGUCGAGCACGUUUCGCCCCUUCCUAGCCGUCGAGCACGUCUCGCCCCUUCGCUGCCGUCGGGCCCGUUCUACCCCUUCGCAGUAGAAGGCGCGCCUCGCCCUUCGCUGCCGUCACUUCUCCGCUUCACUCUUCGCUCUUACCACCUUGCUAACCGCAUCCCGCCCAACCCACACUAACCCCAACCUCCUCCCUCCCUCCCCUUCC